AUGGGGUUACAAAGCUUAGCUGAAUACCCGUUAAGCAACCCAGGAAUGGAACCGUCAAUCCGUUCAUUCGACGAAUGUAUACGGAUGUCAGCCAAAGUUCUCGACAGAGAAAUGCUAAGUGAGGAAGAAAGAGAAGCUUAUAAUGAAGAAAUACGAAACAUUUUCAAAACAAUAUUGGCAAAACCAAAAGGAAACAUUUUUGGGAGAACUUUUGAGGAAAUUUGUGAAACUUACAAAUAUGCAAGUUACAAACAUGUAGUCAAUUUGACUAGAGAAACAAUCAUCAAAACAGCCCAGAAACAUAUAACAACCACUGAACAGGAGACUAUUAAGCAAAAGGUUGGUGAGCCAGUAUCGGAGUACACGAAACGAUUUUAUGAAGCAAUGUAUGCUUGCAUGCCUGGAUUAGAAUUAAAAGUCCUUACUCAGGAAGAACCUGGGGAAGGAACAAACGAUUGGGGAAACAAGGCAUUAAGACAGAAGUUAUAUGGUAAUUUUAUGAAUGGGCUUCUGCCCUCUAUAGUGGAGAAAAUUCCGUUGGUUCCAGUAAGCCAACAUUACCUGAAGAACAUAGUAGAACAAGCCCAUACUGUAGAGGCAAUGAUAAAGCACAGAGGAGUCUAUGGAGGAAAAGUAGCUGCUGUGGUAGAAGGAGCACCAAAUAAUCAGAAUGGGAAAAAGUCAACAAAGAAUGCAGCAUGUUAUAAUUGCGAUAAGAAAGGCCACAGAGCAAGUGAAUGUAGAAACGUUGUGGUCACAUGUGCUAUUUGUGGAAAAGCAAAACACUUAGCUAAAUAUUGUUUCAAGAACAAUUACCGAGAAUAG